AUGGGCAUUGCAUUCAUGCUCGAUCCUGCUACGGAUCUUGACGACUUUGUUGGCAUGGACAGCGAGAAGGUAGAUGACCAAGCCUGCCUAAUGGCGGUACGUUGCGGCAUCAUAACGGCAGUGGAUAUACCUAAGCUGACCGUGGAGAUUCUUGAGUUCAAGACUGAAAAACGGCGUGGUGGUGAAGCUGAGCGGGUAAAGUUUUCUGAGUCAAGUCCGCAGUACUACUGGGGCUCGAAGAGUGAGAAGAAGUCUUUCCGGUACCCGCUCCUCAAGAAGGUAGCUGAUAUUGUAUUUGCGAUUCCUACUUCAUCGGCUGCGAGCGAGAGAGCAUGGAGCAUAUUUGAUCACAUUCACUCCAAAAGGAGGAAUAGACUCUCCGUAGAAAAGGUCGAGAUGCUUGCAUUCAUCUACAUCAAUUAUGGCAUCAUUGAGAGCGAAGAGCUCGAUCUUGCGCGUCAUCAAUCGCGCCCAGAGAGUGUAGAAGUCGACAACUAA